AUGAAAAACGAGGCGGAGGAGGAGGAGGACUCGUUGGACGCGCGUCGGCGGCGGCGGCAAUCAUCGUCCUCGUAUUCAACGUCAUCAUCAUCAUCAUCAUCUUCUUCUUCUUCUCAUCAACAACAACGUCAACAUCUUCAAGGUGGUGGCGUUGAGGCCGUUCCGUCCUUGCCACAGCGCUGCGUCGCGGCUGGCAUAGCUGCGUGCGUUUCCGUGCUCGUCACCAAUCCUUUGGACGUCAUAAAGACGCGAAUGCAAACGACGACGACGACGACGACGACGACGUAUAGCGCAAACGGUAUGAGCAAUAGUAGCGUAGGAGGUAUAGGAAAAGAAGGAGUAAGAAAACCACUAACAGUACAGAGCUGUCCGCCAAAGUGUCCAACCAACGCGAAUGGCGUCACGAACUGUGUUUCCACGCAGUGCACGACGUACGAUGGAAACGCGUGGACCGUGAUGCGAAAAGUAGUGCGGAGGGAAGGCGUAUCUGCGUUAUGGCGAGGGACGAAAACAGCGUUGGUUAUGGCGGGACCCGCCGUGGGGGUCUAUUUACCGUGCUACGAUUUCAUACGAGACUAUUGCGUGACGCACGCGUCAGUCCAAAACGAAGACAUGGCGCCUCUCGUGGCUGGAGCAGGAGCGCGAACGAUAGCGGUGUUUGCGGUAGCGCCUUUAGAGUUGAUGCGAACGAGACAACUCGCGGCGCAAGAGAGUGGCGGUAGUUUUAUGAAUACAGUUAGUAAUAGUAGUGGUAUUCAGCGUCGAUCGUUACUGUUUACCGGCGUAUCUUCUACGCUAAUACGGGACGUACCGUUUUCGAUGAUGUACUGGUACUCGGUUGAAAAGUUACGCUCGGCAUUAGCCGGUCAGUUUUCGAACGAAAAUCCAAAGAUGGAUAGUUUAGCUGCGGCUUUCGUGAGCGGCAACAUCGCCGGCGCGGCGAUUUCCGCAGUGACGACGCCAGUUGACGUUUUGAAGACGCGGAUACAGGUGGAUGUAGCGCAUAGCAAUAAAACGGGAGCAGGGACGGGAGGAAGAGGAGGACUUUUACGUGAGUUGACAAGCCUCGUGAAACACGAAGGCGCUUCGUCUUUGUUCAAAGGCGUCGUUCCUCGCGCCUUGCGCGGUGGCCCAACGUGCGGGAUCGUCCUCGUCGCGUACGAGUUAGUGAAAAGUUUAGACUAUUAG